AUGGACUCUCUCUUUAAAACAUGCUGACUCAAGACAAUCAUAGUAGGAAAUUGAGGAGUUGGGAAAACUAAUUUGCAAGAAAGGAUUGCAUAUGGCAGGUUAGCCAAAGUUUUAAUAUUUAGGAUGGUUCCUCUUGCUUAUAAACUUUACCCUCAUAAUACUCUCGGAUGUGACUUCAAUCACUUUAACUAUGAAAUUCAAAGUGAGGACCUGAUAAAGGAUGACUCUAAGUAUGCUAACCUAAAGCUUCCUGAAACAAUUAAGAUCAAAAGUCAGCUCUGGGACACUGCAGGCCAGGAAAGAUUCAGACCUUUGAUGAAGAGUUAUUAUAGAGGAGCCUCAUUUGCCUUUAUUGUCUAUGCCAUCAAUGAUAGAGACUCCUUCGAAGAUGUUGAAUAUUGGGUCAAUGUCCUAGAAAAGUUUACUGUAUGAAACACUAUAGUCCUGAUUGGCAACAAAAUAGAUCUGGAAGAUCAAAGAAUGGUGUCAUACGAUGAAGGUAAAGAACUUGCAGAUGAAUAUGGGUUUGACUUCGUUGAGACUUCUGUGCUUGAAGACAUUGGAACAGCAGAAUUGAUGCCUAGUAUUUUAAUCAAAACUCUCAAGAAUCAUUUAGACAGCUACAUGUGAUAA